AGUGAAUGACCGGUAAUCUGAAAAGGACUAUAGGCGCGCGGCCUGUAGCGGUAGGCAAAGCAACGCCUUAGGCUGGCUAAUAUCUUCUCGCGUUGCCGUAGUGAAAUUUCGAAUCUUCUGUCGCAGCCACGAGGAUUUUGAAUGCAAGUUGUACUUCUACUUACGUCUAUGGCAGCAGGAACCACCUGGCGCCAUUACUAUCAACAUCAUGAACAACCAAGUUAUCGAUCCUUCUCCGUGCAGCUCCACCGGCAUCUCAGAAAACCAAAACUUUAGCCUAGAAAAUGACUCAUGUCCGUCGAGACGAGACGACUACGAAAUGAAUGACGGCCACGUGGUCCCAGAGGCGGAGUACACACUCCUUCCAGAGCCGAAGCGGCCCAUGAUUGAAAAGACAAGCAGGAGCUCUGGUGGAGCAAAUUCGAAUUCCUCGUCUGCAGUUGUCUGCAGUUCAUCUUCACCCACCGAGACGAACACGACGCAAAUUGAGAGCAAAGUGGUCAUGCCCUCUACUGCACCUCCUCGUUCGGGCGGCGUGGGGAAAAAUAAGUUCCAAAAAGAGGAGCAGCGCGCUGUGGAUUGUACUGCAGCUCCUUCUACUCAUCAGAGGACAUCAGACCCUGCAUCUCCAUCUUCACAGGCGAGGACGGCGUGUGAAGUGGAAAACUCAAAAAGCAUAUCUCCUCCCAACGUCCGUUUCAUUCUAUUCGACGCGGACUGGGAGAGAAACCGCUGCGUUCUCCGGUCCGACGAACCAAAAAAUGAUGUGGAGAACCACGACGAAAGUGACAAGCAAGCCCACAUCAUCGUCUGCAACACGACGACUCAAUACCGGAAAUGCGCAAAGCACGUCAAGAACUGGCUCCGGGCGGUGCCGGUCACGGCGGUGGAUGAUGAAGGAGAAGGCAAAAACGGCGCUGCUGGUCUUGACGAAACCAUCGACGAAGCCGAAAAAUCGUCGAAAAAAAGCAUCUUCACCCCACUGCCCAUCGUUCCCUCCAGGGUCAUCGAGAUUGGGUCCGCGCACGGGCAAACGACAAAGAUGCUGUACGACAGUUGCUGCAACUACGUGAAAUCGAAGAUCCCGGAGGAGAUCAAAGAAACACCGAAUUUCAAUAUGCAUUGCAGAAGUGUCGUACUAGUAUAAAUCGCAUGACAAAUUUUAUCAGGAAGAAAAUUGGAAUUUGUGAUGCAGAUUUGGGUAGGAAACCAGAUUUGUCAUGCAUGCCUGCAAUUCAUACGAGUACGAUACUUUUGCAGUGGAUAUUCAAGAAAAUGAAGCAAGACUUGGUGCAAAUAAUCGGGUUCGACAGCUGCUUCGAUAUGUACGAGCACGCGAGAAAACACUACGAAACCCCAGUUUUGGAAAAAGACGGGCCAAAAAACUGGCAAAACGCAGAUAACAACACGCAAUCCAAAACUCUCUGCUCCCUCCGGUACCACCGAGUGGACUGUUUAGAAGACCAGAGCUUCAUCAAAACGUGGGCGAAACCAGCGGAAGUUUGCUUCAUCGACAUCAACGGCACGAGGGAAUUGAAGGCGGUUUUUAAGUUGAUCUCCAGUUUAUUGGAAUCUGGUGUGACGUGCGGGGCGCAGUCAAGACUUGGGCGAAUCGAGAAGAAGUUUGUGGUGAAAAGCGAAAAAUUGUACGCGUUGAUGAAGGAAUAUGUUUCAACAUCGGGGAUGACGGAUAGAGAGGGGAACAAGCACGUCGAGGACAAGAAGCUGGGCAGCUGUACCAAGGAAGCUCAAGCUGCUGCGGAUGGACAUGUCGAAGAGACGGGUGAUGUGGAGAUGAAACAUGAGAACGAUGUCCUCAACGUCGUUCAUGAAAGUUGUCAGAGACAACAAAAACGGUCCGACGACGUCUUUUUCAAAACCGCGGGCACAGACUUCUUUACCCUUUUCCAGCAAAAAGCCGACAGCGAGGAGAUCCAGGGUCGGAGCAAAUUUCGCCGCAACGGCAAGGAUCUCGAAGACCGCUAUCCGCUCAAGCGCCCGGUAAGGUUUGUGCAGCUGGACACGGCAACCGGAAAACAAGAAAUUGAGAUUUGCCGCUUUCACAACUACGACAAAGAGAACGGGUGUAAAAGAUGGAAACUUGGGAAGUGCGACUUAGACCAUAGUCAUUGUCAUUACUGCUUGCAAAAGGGACAUAAAGCAGUUGAGUGUCCGUUGAUGCUGAAAGCAGAUGGCGUGGUUCUGGAGGGACUUGCUGCUGCUGGACCGUGUGCGGAAACAACAACUACCGAACUUGACAUCUCGUUGUCAACAACCUGUUCCACACCAGCAGGGAAAGCAAUCGCGCGGGCGAAGAAAGAGCGGCUCUCCACAGAUAACAACGACCCGAGCUCCUGUUGUCCCUACCUCUACGUGAUUGGCGGCCGGAACCGCGGAGACACGAUGCAGCAGUGCGAAAGGCUCAGGUUGGAUCGACUUGUUCUAUCUGGUUCCGGGGAUACUAGCAUGACAAAUUCCUCGCCUGAAGGGGGUAUAAAGUGGGAGCGGCUUCCGAUCCUCGACGAAGCGCGCGGGUCGCAUGGUUGCUGCGCAAUUAACUUUGCCAUGCAGAAGAACGAACAGGAAAGGAGCAAUGGCGCUGCUGUAGCAGAGCAGAAUGCGAAAGAAGCACACAUGCAGCUGGGAGAACAAAAAAUCCUCGUCGUCGCGGGCGGUGGGAGUUGCGACGGCAAUUUGGCCACCACGGAAAUCCUAGCCGACUUGGACACUACCGCGCCGGAGUUUCUGUUUCAGAAUCAUCAUGACAAAGUCGAAGCUCGCCCUCGCGGCUCCGGAAGACUCGACGGAGCAAAUGAUCACAGCGCCGUGGCAGCCGAUCUUCCAAAUCAGCUCCAGAACUACAACACAGACAGAUUCUCUCUCCGCUCCCUCCAAAAAGCGAAGUUGGCCACCGCGAGGCACGCCUUGUCUCUCGUGACCGUGCGGAACACGGCGUACGCUGUUGGCGGCUGGGAAUAUGGAACGGUGAGCUGCUCGUUGAUUGAAAAGCUCGUAUACAGCGACGAAAAGCAGAAGUGGACGUGGCAGCCGUGUUUCCAUCACCAGCCACGAAGGAAGAUGCUGCUGGGAAAAAACAACACGAAAAGAUCAGCCUCCUCGUCAUCGUCCAGUGCGUCGUCAUCUUCUGCGACGACAUCUGGUAAAGGUGGUACUAAAGACGGUGCUUUAACCGCUUCUAGAGCGAAGAACUCCUGCAAGUCUACUGGACGGGGACGUGGUGCAGCGGCCAACAACCGAAAAACGUCUCGCACAGGUUCAACAUCGGCGAAGAUGAAAGGUGGAAAACGACAACAAACAAGGGGAGACACCUUAGAGGACAACGUCGACCCGACCCAAAGCUCCCUUGUUCCCCAACCCCUCCCCACGGCCCGCCGACUAGCCGGCGUCACGGCUUUCAAAGACAGAUUUAUCUUCGUGUUCGGCGGAUUUGUCUCCGAAAAUCAGAAAACGGACAAAGUGGACUGCUUCGACUGCUUAAACCAGUGCUGGCUGCACCCAUCGGAUUCGGAAAAUGCAGAAGACAGGCUUUCCCCACUACCCGCAGACAUCAGGGAAAGUUGUGUGCAAGCAGUAGGGACCACGAGUUCAUCGUUAGGAAGUGGCAAAAAUGUGAUCUACCUUCUCCCGUUUGGAAACGGAAAGGCCGUUUACAAGGUUUUAGUGGGAGUCGAGGACGAGCAGUAUCAAAUGUAAAAAUGUCUGGGUCUGGAAGAAUGCAUGUUUGUCGUGCUUGUCUGGCAUGGCUCUCAAAUCUGUCAUGCACGUUACCCAAGAGCUCCAUUUUUCUGCGAUGCAGAAACGCAGUUUGUCAUGCAGAAUAGGCAACACCUAGAAGCUCAGAAACUUGUCAUGCCGAGCCAGCAUCUGUGGCCUCAUCAUGAGACGACACCCAGCAUCACAAGUUUCCAGACCCAGACAUUUUUACAUUUGAUAAGGAGCAACCGCGAACGAUCCUUCCGCAAAUCACACUCGCCUACGAAAAGCUCGUAUCCAAGAAAAAAACGUUGUUAGUGUAAAUUUGUGAUGCGCAACAUGCGAAGUGAUUGCGUCUGUAAUGCUUGGCAUGCAUCGUCGGGUCCAUUAAAGGGCGUUUUCGCGUACUAUCUGCGCAUGACAGGUGUCUGCUGUCAUGCCAGACAAAUUUGUAAUGCUGUUCCUACAAAAAAGUUACACCUACAAUGUUUUUUUCUUGGAUAGCUCGACUGCACCCUGCCGCUCCCGGAUUAUCACUGCUUUUCCGCCUGUGGGUACAACUUGUCGUCGCAUGUUGGUCAAGAACCUGCUAUGCAGAUGACCGCUGAACCACGAGCGGAUAUUGACGAGGUUGGAACUACCAGCAAGACCACGGAAGAAGUUCUGUCCAAUUCCAUCUUCGUCUGCGGGGGUAACAGCAAAGGCCAGCCGGUGCAGAAAGUUUUUCGGUUGGAUUUGGAAACACUGGAAUGGCAGACACUGCCCGAUAUGCUGAAUGCAAGAAGGAGAAGCGUGUGUCUGGCGGCAUAAGAUUAAGAGGACGUAGUAGGUGGAGAUGACAUCUGAAGAAGAGCUUGGGUGUCAUGCUUGUGCUUGCUUUUUGUUUUUAAACGAGUACUUACAACAUGGAAAAUGCAAAGCGACAAACUGGAACUUCAAAU